AUGGAAAAAAAGAAUGUUAAUUUUCAAAACAUAGUAUACAGUAGUACAGUGUCAAGUAUUUUUGUGAGCCUCAUAUGCACACCUCUCGAUGUGAUAAAAAAUUACAUACAAUAUAAUAGUAAUACUAAUAUUGAUAAAAAGUAUAUUGUAAAAAAAAUUACAAAAAAAAAUAAAGAAAAGCUUGUACAAUUCAACUCCUUUUAUUAUCAAACUUUCAAAAAUAUUUAUAAUAGAUAUGGAAUACAAGGUGUUUAUAGAGGACUUGUUAGUACCACAAAUUUAUACAUAAUAAACAAUACAUUAUUUUUUUAUGUAUACGAAGAAUUAAAAGAACGAGGCGUUCCAUAUUAUUUAUGUGCGACUGUCUCAAGAUUUAUCUCUAUAAUUGUCACAUCACCAUUAGAAAUAUAUAGAACAAAUGUUCAAGCAAAUGUCUGUAACAAUUUUAAAGUAAAUAUAUUUGAUAUAUUUGGAGAAAAAAAAAAUAGAAGAGUAAAAAUAAAUUUAUAUAAAGGAAUAACGUCAACACUUAUUAGAGAUAUUCCUUUUUCAGCUAUAUAUUGGUCAAUGAAUGAAUAUUUAGUUAAUUAUAUAAAAAAAAAAGAUAAAGAAUAUGAAAAUCGAAAAAAUUAUAUUAAAAAAUUUGUAUACCCAUUUUUGUGUGCAUGUUUAAGUAGUACUAUAACCACAUUUAUAACACACCCAUUAGAUAUAAUAAAAACAAAUAUGCAAGCAAGAUGUAUUGAUAUUAUACAUAAAAAUGAUUUUGAUCAUAGAAAAAUUAAAAAUUACGAUUUGAAUCAAAGACAUAAAAUGAAUAAUUUUUAUAGUAUUUUUCAAAGUAAUAUAUAUAAUAAUAGAUAUUUAUGGGAUGUUAAAGUAAGCAAUUACGCUCAUAAUAAUCAUAGAUCUAUAUAUUAUAAAUAUGGGGCAAGUAAAUAUGGAUCCAAUACUUAUAGUUAUAAAUAUUAUAACUAUUUUAAAUUAACCAAUAAUUAUAAUUAUAAUGUUUUUUCUGUUGCAAAAUUAAUUUUUAAAAAAAAUGGAAUGAAAGGAUUUUACAUUGGUAUUUGCCCAAGAUUGGUUAAAAUAGUACCAACAUGCGCAAUCCUAUUUUCAACCUACCACUAUUUUAAUCGUUGA